AUGUCCAAAGUGGCUGAGCGUGUUCGCCGGGAGUGCUCCAAGCUUCGUGAUGCUGGGCUUGAACUGCCCAUCUUGUCCCUUCAGGAAGCCGCGGACUGUCGGAGUCUCCGCGCUAAGAUUCGUGGCCCUGUUGGCAGCCCCUUCGAAGGGCAGAGCUUUGGCCUUGAGUUGCAGUUUGGAGAAGACUAUCCCUUCCAGCCUCCUGAAGUGCGCUUUGCAUCACCCAGGCGACUUUUCCAUCCGAACAUCAGCGCGAAGGGAGGCAUCUGCCUGGACAUCUUGAACGAUCUUACACUCUGGUCACCUGCCAUAGGUUUGGAGAAGUUGCUGGUCAGCGUAGCAUCCUUGCUCAGCGAGCCUCGCACGGAGCAUGGCUUGAAUGAUGAGGCCUUGGCGCUGCUGAGAUGCGACGAAGCAGCUUUCGCUGCCCGCGCACGGGCAACGGCGCAAUCAUCGGGGGCCGCUGAAGCCGUGGCACCAUCACCACCGUCACAGCCACAACAGCCAGUGCCGCCGCCGCAGCCGCCGCAGCCGCCGCAGCCGCCGCAGCAUCAGCUCACUGCCCGCGACUCCCCUGCAGGUGCGUUGGCUGCUCCGCACGGAGCCAAGGAGGAGUCCUUGAAGGAUGGAUCGAGCAUGUGUGCUCUCGUACUGGCCAGCCUCAUUCUGAUCCUCGCUUGCGCAAUUCGGUGGUCACAAGCUUCGUGA